AUGAUCCCAGACAUCAACAACGUGAUGGACGAUCCGAACCUGGCUUUCCUCGACGUCACUUGGCAAGACAGUAACGGACUGUCGGCUCUGAUGCUGGCCACCGUUGACGAUCGGCAGAACCACGUGAAGGCCAUCCUCGCAAUGGCCACAAGAGCCGGAAAAUUGUCCCAGGUACUUGACAUGAAAAACAAGGACGGGUUGACCGCCAUCGAGCUGGCUCGCCAGUUGGACAACACGACUGUCGAGAAGCUGAUCGAGGCGUAUGCGCAGAUACAGACGCGGGAACGGAGACCGAAGCUCCUUUUCGAAUUGGAAGUCCCGCCCGGAAAUCAGCAGCUCCCGACGAAAAGGGCUCCUCGAAGGAAAUCAACGUUUUUUGGCCCAUUUCCCAGCCGCCAGAACUCGCGGCAAGGACUGUUGGCCCGCGCGACCUCGAUCAGCACCGACAUGAACUCCGAGGCCGAGACGAGCGAGCAGGACAUACAAAUUGACAUUGUGGAGACGCCCGGUGCGAUGCAUCUACGCUUGAAUCGGGAUAAGAUCCCUCGCCGAGCGCCCCCGCACAAGGAUUUCCGGAUACGGCGCACGAGGUUUAGGGCCUUUGUCUGUGCGGAAAACCUGGAUUCCCCGACGCCACCAGUGAAAAUGAGUAGCAAGCGGUCCUCGCAUAGCCGCCUCUUCAUCGCGCACCAGCGCACAAUUUCCGCGGAUUCACUGCCAACACCACCCCCGCAGACUCCACCGAGCGGCUUCAUCUCGUCGCUCAAGGAGAGCGUGCUGAAUUUUGUGGGCAAAAAGGAGGAUCCUCGCAUCAAAGAACGCGACGAGCUAAUCGCCCGCCUUCGCCACCCCAUCGAGCGCAAGAACUACGAAUCGCAGGAAUCCGUUGACGAAUCGGCCGCCAGCUCGCUCUUCCGCGGUCCGCCCGCCGGCGACACGUUCUCCACUUGGAAGGAGGAACCGGAAAAACCGGACAAUUCAUUCCGCUCAUCGCCCUGGUCCCAGGAGGACCAGCAACCGGCUCCGAAAACUGCCGGAGUCCGUCUCCCGCCCCUAAUGUCCCUGAGGAGGCGUACGGGCAGUGACGUGGUACGCGGCAGUCGUCCCAUUCUCCGUGCCGACACCACCCCGGAAGAGGUUGGCCCCAAC